AUGCCCGGCUCUCCCUCUGGCGCCGUCAAUCCUGGCCACGGCCCGACAAAUGAAUCUUUGGACAUCAUCUCACAAGACAUGAAAACCCUCGUGAAGAAAAUUCAAGAUCUCCGCCAUCUCGGUAUAGAAGACAGCAAGAUAGCCCUCCCCAAGAUUUGCGUCGUGGGGGACCAGUCGACCGGCAAGAGCUCCCUGAUCGAGGGAAUGAGCGAGAUCCAGGUGCCUAGGAGUGCCGGAACUUGCACGCGAUGUCCCAUGGAGAUCAAUCUGUCAGAGAGCGACGCUAACCAGCCAUGGACCUGCCGUAUUAUCAUUUCACGCAAGUACAUGUUCGAUGGCAACCGCAAAAUAAAGCUCCCCAAGAAAACCCAUCCUCUGGGCCCUUGGAUAGAGCAAGACCAGGAAGAUGAGCCUUUCAUGACCUUGACGCAAAGGGACCAGCUCCAGGAGGCCAUCAAAUGGGCUCAACUCGCGAUUCUCAACCCCAGCCGUCCUCAGCUCGAGUACGUGCCAGGACAGAAUCAAGGCACCGAUCCGCAGUAUUAUCAAGUCAAGUUUUCGCCCAACAUCGUACGGCUCGAUAUUUCAGCGCCUGGGUUUCCAAAUCUCUCCUUUUACGAUCUCCCAGGAGUUAUUAGCCAAGCCGAAUUCGAUGAAGAACGCUACCUGGUCUCUCUGGUCGAGAAUCUAGUGAAAGACUACAUUUCCCAAGAUAAUUGCAUUGUCCUGCUGACUCUGCCCAUGACCGAUGAUGCCACAAACUCCAGUGCAGCACGCCUUAUUCGUGAUAUCCGUGGGGCCAAGACCCGGACCCUUGGUGUCCUUACCAAGCCAGAUCGAACACAGUCAGGCGAAUCCUUCAUGCAGUGGAUGGAAAUACUGAGCGGCGACAAAUUUGCUCUCGGACACGGGUACUAUGUUGUCAGGAAUAACCCCAACCCUGCAAUCGAUCAUCAUCAAGCUCGUGAGGAAGAGACUGAAUUCUUCUCUUCCCACCCUUGGUCGACGGAUCUUGUCAACCAUCAGGGCAGGUUUGGAACCAGACAGCUGCAGACGGCGCUAUCCUGUCUCCUUCUGGAACAGAUCCAGGGAUGUUUGCCUAGAAUAAUCCAACAGAUCGACGAGAGAGCCGAUAGCAUCAAUGCCGAGCUCCAGACUCUUCCCGACCCACCUGAAGCCAAUAUUACCUACAUCCUCUGUCAAAAGCUUAACCAUUUGAAGGACGAGAUCCGUGCUCAUAUCAAUGGAGGCUCAGCCAAGUAUCCGCUGCAGAAGAUCUGGGGACAUACUGCGAUGGACUUCAAACGGUCUCUCUCGAAGACAAGACCUACCGUUCAGCUCCUGGCGCAAGGGGACUUGAAGAUGCUCAAAGUCGACCAAGAAGAAGGGGAUUCAGACUGUGAGGUUACAGUCCAUCGCGCAGUGAAACGCAAGACGCCAGGCGACUGUAACACGCCUGCACCUGCUCCUCCCGUAACAGCUGGUACUACCAAUGGACAGAGCAAGGAAACGGGCUAUGUGACCGCUCAUUUCACCCAGUUCGACAAACCGGCCAAGAUGUUUCAAUGGGAGGAGAUUCGCGAAAUCAACGAGGACUCCUACCGUGCCGGAAUCCCAGACCAGACGGACCCCAAGGCCAUCGAAAUCAUGAACCAGAUGAGCGUCAAACAUUGGGAUAAACCCAUGCUUGCGUUUCUCGGUGCUAGCCACAAGCUUGUCCUAAAUAUGCUGAUGAAGCAGAUCGACGAAGUCUUCAGAGAUUACCAUCAGACUAGUCUCUACCGGGAGCUGAAACUUAUCAUUGAAAAGUACCUGCAGAAGCUUCGCAAGGACCACCUGUUGCAUGCGCAAGAAAACUACAAGAUCGAGUGCCACAAACCCUUCACCAUGGCAACUUCGGCUCUCGAGACAGCCACUCGGGCCGCCUACAGCUAUCUUUGGAACCGGCGCCAUCUAGCCAGAGCUAACAAGUAUAUUGAAAUGCAAGGCAAAUACGCCGCUGAUAAUCCGAGACGCGAAGCCGAAAUGAAGAAAUUGACGGAUGCGGAGUUGGGUCCCGACAUGUUUGCCCAAGAAGUCAAGAUGAUGGCUACCACUCGCGGGUACUAUGAGAUCGCCAGUUCCCGCUUCGUCGAUUCGAUUUGCCAGAGCGUGCAUACCAAACUGUUUUCCAAAUGUCGUGAGGAGCUUAUUACGGUCAUCGAAAAAGAGCUCGGGAUUUUUGAGAAUAACGCAAUGGAACGAUGUCUAGAAUUGAUGGCCGAGGACCCCGAACGCCAACGCCGACGCCAGAACCUCCUCAAAGAAAAAGAGAAAAUAACAAAGGCCCAGGAAUGGCUCGCGACGGCUAAGAAGCACGACGACGAUGAAAUGAGUGAUAGGGAGGAUACCAUUCAUCGGCUUAUGAAAGCACAAGCUGCCGACGAAGACGGAACGUUUCCCGACAUGGAUUUCCGCGAGUGACAGUUUGAGUUAUUACUGAUUAGGACUUGACUGGUUAAAAGGUUUCCACUGCUGGUGGUCAAGGUUGGGUUUGGUUGUUCUUGCUGUGUUCCUGGGAUCUGUACGAUUUUUUUUGCUCUGAUUAUUUGGAUCUGCCAUCAACAAUUAGUUCGGCAAGAGAAUAUUAAAUCCUCAUUGCCACAAGGACAGCUACAUAAUAUCAGCUUCGUCUUCUUCUUCUUCUUCUUCUUCUUCUUCUUCUUCUUCUAUUUUCCAUAUAGCUCUGCUGUUUAUCUCUUUAUCACGAACGAAAGCGGCCGAGGCGGGGUA